AAUCUCUUACUUAAUAAUGUGACUUGAACGAGGCAAAGUAACAAUAGUCACAUUGAAAGUGCAAUGCUGUAGUUGCAUACGCGUUUGAAGAUGAUGAACGCACGGGUGGUUGAGAAAGAGGACACUGUGCCGCGACUGCAGCUGUUUAAUUGCGCUUACAGUGAUUGUGGAGCGACAUUCGUGCGUCAGUGGCGUCUGCUGGAGCACGAGACCGUGCACACCGGUGCGCGACCUCACAAGUGUGUUGUAGCAGGAUGUGGACGCAGUUUCACCCGUAAAUCGCACCUGAGCCGACAUGCUUUAAUACACAGCGGGGUGAAAGACUUGAAGUGCAGUGCCGCUGCGUGUGGCAAGAGCUUCUUCACCGCUGAUAAACUUAAGAGGCACGUGCGCUACGCUCACAGCGAGAAACGCGAAUAUUUCAAGUGUGAAGAGCCACAGUGCGCAAAGACGUUUAGGAAACGGCGAGCGUUGAAACUGCACCUGGCGACGCACGGUGCAUCCAGUUUCAGAUGCUUGAAAAGCGGAUGUGGGAUGAGGUUUGAGUCUCACGUUGCGCGGAAAGCACAUGAUCGGAGACAUUCAGGUUAUCGCUGUCCUCAUGCUGAAUGCCCCAUCAGUGUGCACACCUGGAGGAAUUUACAGAAACACAUGGCAUGUCACCCAGCAUCAUUCCCCUGUAUGGCAUGCAAAAAAGCCUUCAGGAAGCGUGAUGCUUUGAGGAGACACAAGCGGACACAUGCAUUGCAGAAGCCGGUUUUGCUCUGUCCCAGUCAGGGCUGCCAGGCUUACUUUUCCACCACCUUCAACCUGCAACAUCAUAUUCGAAAGAUCCAUCUACAGCUGCUCUCACACCGCUGUUCCUUCCCUGGCUGCAGCAAGAGUUUUGCCAUGCGUGAAAGCCUCGUCCGCCAUCUGUUACGUCAUGAACCUGAUAUGGCCAAACUCAAGCACCCACAUAAGCGGAGCAGCAAGAGUUGGCAGAAACGUUUGGAAGGGAGAAAUCGUCGUCCUCUAGUUGAAGACCUUCGCUCUCUCUUUUCAUUACGCAUGAAGAUCUCUCCGAGGGCCAAACUGGAAGCUGAUCUGACAGGCCUCUUUAAUGAGCGUAAAAUCCCACACCAUGUUGAUCCUGAAGUAAACCUCAAAGAUCUGUUCAGUAUCCGUCCGACUAAGGUUGCUGAUAAAUAGAUUUCUUUUUUUCUUCUGUAUACAAAUACUGUACUGACACGAAUUCAGUUUAAAGAAAAAAAUUUUUGUUUCAGGUGUUAGUACUUGAGGUACAGAAGUUUAUUGAUUUACCAUUGUUUGAGAAACAACAAAUUAAGUUCUCUGUAUGAGAAAAAUAAAGGAUUUAGUUUUGUCAGUC